AUUUCCGCCUGGGCAUCGUCGCUUGUUCUGCCGCUGGCGUUGCCUUGGUUUGGUUUCUGCUCUGCCUUCUUCCUACACGUUACUGUGAGCAAGCCGGUGCUAACACGCUCGGUAGUGCAUACCAAACUAGCAUUUGUGCUCACAUCCAUCCACAUUGCACAUUGCAUUCCAACCAUCGGUCUACGUACAGUACUAUCUACUAUAUAGAUUCUGGUACCCGAGCAUACCAAGUGGAUCGGGUGAUUGAGAUCGAGCCCAUCAGGACACUCAAAGUGUCACAUUCAGUGGAGUGCCCGUCUCGAGCACCACGCUCUUGACAUCCACUACCACUUUGCCCCAAUAUGCCUCCUGUCCAAACCGCCGGCGACUUCCCCGGCAUCUCUAUCCUCGAAACCCUCACCACAACCACAACCACCAACCCCACCAAACUCGCCCCUUCAGCGGACUCCAACCCCGGUCUCCAAGACAACAACAGCAACAAUGCCCCCCACCGCCACCUCCUCCACGCCCGCGACUCCACCCAAUACAUCCCGGGCAGCGGCACCGUGGAGCCGCACAACAUCAACAUGAAGGGACUGAUGGCGCUCUUCGCGAUCAUCGGGGCGGCCUUCGUGCUGGCGGCGAUCUGGUUCUUCUUCUGGGCCAAGAACGGCGGGUUCGUGUGGCGCAAGGGCGACUGGGAGGAGUACAAGUCGACGGUGCUGCGGCGCAAGGGGCCGGACGGUCGCACGCUCAGCAACGCGACCAAGAGCACCAAGCUCGGCGGCGGCAGCAUCGUGCACAAGGGCUACAGCGACGACGGGUACACGUACACGGAGACCGCGACCACCAUCACCGAGAAGACGGGCGCCCCCGGCGGCGGCAGCGCCGAGCGCAAGCGGCGCCGCAAGCUGCGCGAGAAGUUCCGGCGCCGCCGCAAGGACGACGAGAUGACCGCCAACUGGGAGAACGAGGUCGACGAGGACGUCGCCGCUUACCGCAAGGAGAAGCCCGCGCGCGUCGGCGGCAUGAACCGCGAGGGCGACGGCACCACCUACUACGACGGCAGUGACUACGACCUGUCCAACCCGCCGAGCUACUGGCAGGACCGCGAGCAGAGCGAGGUCAGCCAGGUGCGGGAUUAUGCGUACGAUCCCGUCGUGGAGCGGCGGCAGAGCAAGCGCCGCGAUUUCUCGUUUGUGGCCGGCAGUGAGGAGUUGCUGAGCCAGGCGGACGAUCAUCACCACCACCGUGCGAUCCGGGAGCCGUCGACCAGAAGACAUAAUCGCCGCCGCGAGCGCAGGAGACACGCCCCGGCCGACGGUGCGGGUGCUGGCAGUACCAGUAGCCCGUCCCGCUCAUCCCGGCAGAGUAGUCCCCGCAAGCGUCCGUCCGUGACGGGCCACUACACCGAGCCGCUGGAUUUCUCCUCCGCGGCCUCGCGCUCCGAGUAUCAGUACUCCAACGUCGACACUGAGGACUCGGGCACUAAGAGCUACCACCAUCCGAUCCCCGGAUUGAGUAAAGGCUACCGCCGGGAAGGGGGUCGGGGCCGUCGGCGCGAUAGUCUGAGCGAGAGUGAUGGCGAGGAGACUCGGUACUCGAGACGUUAACGCACUCCCUCCAUCUGUAUCUCGCCUCCCUCGCGGAGAAACAUCUUCAUCAACGAUGACGCCGAUCGAGGAGGGAUAGGGGGAACCUGCUUGUAAAUAAACGGCCUUGGUCUAGGUCAUGCAUUCUGUCUUUGCGUGUUACUUCUUCGGACUUUGCCUCUCUUUUUUUAUUUUUCUAUGCUUUGAAACCGAGCUGCGAAAUGUUGACACGGGAUUAUGAUUGACGGGACAUGGGAUGAAUGGGAUGCAAUACAAUACAAUUCUAUGCAGAACUAAACAUGAUACGAUUGAAUACAUUAUGAAAGGGUUUUCUGCGCCCGAAGCAGGAGUUCUACUAUGGAUCUG